CGGAACCUCAGGAAGUACAAACUAUUGUAGACUACUACGGGACCGUAGUGGGAUUUAAACGAAAUAAAAAUUUUGAAAAAUACACUGUGCUAUAGCCCGCUUUAAACGUUUUUACUUUAUUAUUUUGUUUCCGCCAUCAAGAUGCCACCCAAAAAACGCAACUCUGUACAGAACAACAAAGAAUUGAAGCCUGUUAUAAAAAGUGCCUCUCCGGACAAGAAGGAAAAUCAAGAGUUGUCUAUUGAAAAGCACAAAGACAAGGAUGCUGAUUUUGUGACUGUAUGCAAGAGCCUCCGGGUAACGGACUUGGUUUGUGAUCGAGCCUGGUCACUGUGGAAGAAAGUUCAGGGCUCAAUGGACAAAGUUCCGGACACUCAGCAGAGGGUGUGGGGUGCCUGUCUGUUUGUGGUUGUGACUGACCUGGAUGUGACCAGUUUUACCUUCACACAGAUCCAGAAGGCUGUGGAUAUGAAUGUGAAUGAGUUCCUGGGCCUUCUGAAGAAGAUGGACGUGAACUUGGACACCAUCAGCACCAAGGUGAACUCGGCGCUGACUCGACUGGAGAAGAGAUACGAUGUGUCGCUCGCUCUGUACCAGAGGUUUGAGAAGACUUGCAGCAAAAUAUAUACCAAGGACGAAACCGAGAGGAAAGAGAUCUUGCAAAGCUGCUGGACGAUGUUCUUGUUGGCUAAAGGAAAGGCCCUGCAGAUGGAGGACGACCUGGUCAUUUCCUUCCAGCUGCUGCUGUGCGUGCUGGAGUUCUUCAUCAAACGCUGUCCGCCCGGCCUGCUGCAGCCCCUCUACAAAUCCGCCAUCAGCACGGCCCACAGCCCCCCCACACGGGCGUCCCGCCGCAACCAGAACAAAGCCAAGCCCCGCCCGCCCGAGGUGGACGUGCAGCUCCUGGAGACCUUAUGCAAAGAGAAUGACUGCAGCGUCGAAGAGGUGAAGAAUGUGUACCAGACCAGUUUCUCUGCCUUCCUUGAAUCAAUGAGCCUCUCAGGAACCCAGGUUCUUCCUCAGGCAAAUGACCUGAGCAAGCAAUAUGACGAGAUGUACCUCCAGACCCGAGACUUUGACGGUAGACUGUUCCUAGACGGAGACACGACGUUGCUCAGCCCCAAGACUGAACCAAUGCAGGUGGAGAGAACGCCUAUGAAGAACCGACCAGAAGACGACCAGGUUAUCAUCCCCCCGCAGACGCCGGUCAGGGCUGCCAUGAACUCCAUCCAGCAGCUGAGAGUGGACCUGACCUCGUCUGGAGACCAGCCCUCCGCCGUGCUGGCCGUCUAUUUCAAGAACUGCACGCUGGAUCCCACUGAGGAGAUCCUGCAGCGAGUGGAGAGGCUGGGCCAGCUGUUCAGCCAGAGGUUCGACCAGGCCGUAGGGCUGCGCUGCGUGGGCCUCGGCAAGCAGAGGUUCACCCUGGGCGUGCGGCUGUAUUACAGAGUCAUGGAGGCCAUGCUGAAGUCGGAGGAGAAGAGACUGUCUGUGCAGAAUUUCAGUAAACUCCUCAAUGACUCCACAUUCCACACCUCGCUCCUAGCCUGCGCAUUGGAGGUUGUCAUGGCAACAUAUGGCGGGACCUCGUUUAAGAACGGGGGCUACAGCGGGGGGGCCGGGGCCCCCGCCGAGACGGACCUGGGCUUCCCCUGGAUCCUGGACGUCUUCCGGCUGGCCGCCUUCGACUUCUACAAGGUGAUCGAGAGCUUCAUCAAGGCGGAACCCACCCUGAGCAAGGACAACGUCAAGCACCUGGAGCGCUGCGAACACCUCACCAUGGAGACCAUCGCCUGGCGGGGGGACUCGCCCCUGUUUGAGCUGCUGAGGCUGACCCACGAGGAGGGCCCCGGGGAGCAGGUGGAGCCCCCCUCCACCCUCAACCAGCCCCUCCAGCACAACCACACAGCAGCAGACCUGUACCUCUCCCCAGUGCGCCCCAGCACCAGGGCCCUGCCGCCUCCCGAGUCUCCCUUCACCCCCAGCUCCCAGCCCCCCUCCCAGGCCCCUCCGCAGAACCCCAGACAGCCCAAGUCCAAUUCUCUCAGCCUCUUCUACAAGAAACUUUACCGUCUGGCCUACAUGAGGCUAAAGGUGCUGUUCUCCAACCUGCUGACGUCUCACGCUGAUCUGGAGCCCAUCAUGUGGACCCUGUUCCAGCACACCCUGCAGUACGAGUACGAGCUGCUGCGAGACCGUCACCUGGACCAGUUGAUGAUGUCUGCCAUGUACGCCAUCUGCAAGGUGAAGAAUGUCGACUUGCGGUUCAAAACCAUUGUGACUGCGUACAAGAACAUGCCCAACACCAACCAGGAGACAUUCAAGCACGUGCUGAUCAACGAGGGCCAGUACGACUCCAUCAUCGUCUUCUACAACCUGGUGUUCAUGCAGAGACUGAAAACCAACAUCCUGCAGUACGCCUCUCCCAGGCCUCCUACUCUCUCCCCUAUCCCACACAUACCCCGCAGCCCCUACAAGUUCCCAAACUCCCCCCUGCGUGUACCUGGGAGCAACAACGUCUACAUCUCCCCCAUGAAGAACUCUCGCAUGUCCCCUGGGGUCAUGACCCCUCGCUCAAGGAUGCUGGUGUCCAUAGGGGAGUCAUUUGGGACCACUAACAAGUUUCAGAAGAUCAACCAGAUGGUGAACAGCAGUGAUUGGUCCUUCAAGAGGACUCUGGAUCUAGGCUCUGCCCCCAAGCCCCUGAAGCGGUUACGCUUCGAUGUGGAUGGCCAAGAUGAGACUGAUGGCAGCAAAACCGGGGCAGAUUCAACACUGAUACAGAAGCUGGCCGAGAUGAGUUCCACUCGAAGCCGCAUGCAGGAACAGAAGAUGAAGGAGGACGCUGAAAAGGAGAAACCGUAGAUUCUACUGAAGGACUCUGCCCAGGCCCCAACACUGUGCUUGAGUGGAUCCAGCCAAUAGCCUGCUAUCCUACACUUCCUUGCCUCCUUUUUUUUUUUACUUUAUUAUUAUUUUUUUUUGUACAUUUGCUUUUUUGAGUAGUUAUAGAUGUGCUGGUUUUUAUAUAUAAACACUACUCCUUGAGAAGUGGUUUGUUAAUACAGAGAAGCUGUUCUCUUUAUUGUUUGGUGUGGAGGGUUUAACAGAAAUCUU